AUGUCCGACUAUUUCACGUUCCCCAAGCAGGAUAGCGGUGACGUGACGAAACAGUCGGGGACUCCGUGCUCUACUCGGAACUCUUCAAGGAAUUUGGAGCUGCCGAAGAAUUACCGAUCCUUCGGGGGCAGUAACGAUGAGCUGGCGUCUAUGUACUCCGGGGAUUCUCAGUAUCUGAUGGAUAUGAUACCUGACUCCUUAACGCUUAGAAAUGUGCCCACAUUCGGAAGUCCGGCCAAUCUCUCACCGUCCGAUGGACCGGAUGCCAAGGAUGGCUCGGAUGUAAAGCUCGAUGACUAUAUACUUCCUAAGUCAGACCUCAGAUCACCUUAUCAUGUCAACGUGCCUAUCCCUAAGAAAGCGCCCAAGGGAGAGGGGAAGGUGAAGAUCAAACCAAAGGCUAAGGAUAAGGCUGAAACAUCCGAUCUGGAGGCGGAAAGCGCUUUUGAAGAUUCCCCGGAAUUUGUUAGGGAAUUUCCGACCGAUAUUUUGGUCGAUAGAUUCCACAAGUGGAAGAAAAUACUUAAAAGUUUGAUCGCUUACUUCAGAGAAGCUGCCUAUUCUCAAGAACAGAUUGCAAGAAUCAAUUACCAAUUAAAGAAUUCUGUGAAAUUCGCUUUCCUCACGGAUUUGGAAGAAGGAUCGAACAAGCUGGUCGAUCCAACUGUCUCGAAGGUGCCUGCCAAGAAACCUCAGCCGGUCCCUUUGGCUCUCAAAAAAAAUGACAACAAACUUCAGUUAGAUGUGGAGGAGCCACAACCCGUUCAGCCAGAACUCCCAGAGCAAGUAACAUCUGCCUCUUCUGGUUUCAUGAAGUUUGGAUCUGGAUCCAUUCAAGAUAUUCAGGUCAUUUUGAAAAAAUACCAUUUAUCUUUGGGUAAUCAACAAUACAAGAUUUCAAAGGAGAUAGUAGCGUCUCUUGUUCCCAAACUGGCAGGACUGCGUAAGGACUUGAGCGCUAAAAUUAAAGAAAUCAAAGAAUUAAACGGCGAUUUCAGGACUAAUAUAGGUGAACAUGUCAAAAUAACAAGUAGGCUUUUGAACAAGUAUAUUGCCUCGGUGAAAUUUGUUGAUAGAACAUGUGACGCGGAUAAUAAACAAAAGGAAAAACUAAAACCAAAGCACGACCCAUAUCUUUUGAAACUGCAACUUGAUUUACAAUUGAAAAGACAAUUGCUGGAAGAAAACUACCUUCAAGAAGCGUUUGUGAAUCUGCAGACAGCUGCACUGCAAUUGGAGAAAAUAGUUUACUCGAAAAUCCAAUGUGCCUUACAGCGCUACUCUGCCUUAAUUGAUUCGGAAGCACGUUUAAUGAUCAAAAAUGUGUGCCAUGAAUUGCAGCAAGGUAUUUUAUCCAGACCACCGGCGCUAGAGUGGGAUAAUUUCGUCGCUCAUCAUCCAACUUGCUUGAUGAAUCUAAAAUCGAAUGACCCGUUACCACAACCCAGAAAACUAUCUGACAUUGUUUAUCCCAACAUGAAAUCGCCGUUGGCCAAAUGUAUCAGAGUGGGAUAUCUAUUCAAGAGAUCAGAAUCAUCGAAGGGUUUUACAAAGGGUUAUUUUGUGUUGACUACAAACUACCUCCACGAAUUUAAAAGCAGCGAUUUCUUUCUAGAGAACAAGCCCCUUCGUUCAAAAAACAAGGCCACUGAAUACUCUAGCAAUAGCUCUGCCGAUAAAAACGGCACUGCUAAUGGUAAUCAGCCAUCCAGUAAUGGGACGCAAGAUUUGAAAUUAACCAAAACUAGGAAGGGAAUGACUUCGUCCAACCUAUAUCCAGUGUCCAGUUUAUCUUUGAACGAUUGUAGCUUCAUUGAAAGUACUGACAUGAUCUUCACUUUAAGAGGAUAUGCCAAUUAUCACUUUUCGGAGGAUCCAUCACUUACAACAGAUUCAAGUGCCGUUUCUAAUGCAAGUACACUGUCUACAAAGAAAAAUAAGCAUCAACGGACGCCUUCUACUCUUUCAAUUGUGUCCGUUCCAAAAUUCUUGAAGGGCUCAUCUAAGUCAAAAGAACAAAAAAAGGUUAAGGGAAACUCUUCGGAAACUAAGGACUCUAGCAUUAAUAACAAGACAAAUAAAGACAAAAAUGUUGAAUGGACUUUCAAAAUUUGUUUUGCUAGUUCUGAACCAACUCCUGAAGAAUUAAAGACUUUUAAAAAAUGGGUCCAAGAUAUGAAAUCCCUUACAAGCUUUAACAAUACUUUGGAGAGAUCCAACUUUAUUGAAGAAAAGGUGUUGAAAAGUAGAAGUUACAAUAGUGGGAAGAACUCCCAAAGCUCCAAACUCACCACGGCUACUACAGCAGUAGAGAGCUUUGUUAACCUCUCUGAAAAGGCAACGCCAUCUUCUUCUGUCUAUAUGCUAAACACUAAGAGGGCAAACCGUCCUCGGUAUAUUGAUAUCAAUGGUGCAAAUACGAAUGCGGGUGCUAUGAACUCUGUAUAUAGGUCAAAAGUCAAUACUCCAGCCAUUGAUGAUAACGGUAAUCUAGCCAUAGUAGGAGAAAGAAAAAACAGUGCUCCGCAAAAUGCCAUGAGUUCCGCAUUCACAAUGCCUUCCUCAUCGCCUCAUUCGCCUCGUUCUGGGACACAUAACCUUUACCACCAUUCAGCUGACAAUUUGGCAGCUUCUCCUACCCAAAAGGUAUCGCCUUUUGGAGAAGUACCUCAGGUAGCCGUUACCAGUCACGGAACGGAAGCGAUCAUUUCAGCAAGUGCGUAUUCUGAUGACAGUCAUAAAUCAUCUCGUGCUUCCAGUGUUCCUUCGAUUGUCAAUCAGCGAAGGACAUCUUUACCAUCAUUAUUAAAAAAUGUACCUGGUAGUUCACCCAGUUGUGUGCCACUGGACGGCAAUGCAAACGGAUAUUUUGGAAUACCACUGAACUGUAAUUCAGAGUCAAGAAGAGGAUCCGAACUCUCAGCUUUUGAAAACCAGUCGCCUUUGUAUGAAGAAGGUAGAAGUCAAAAUUUCAGCAACUCUCGUAGAAGCUCUGCCGGCUAUAUGCCCCAGCAGUAUCCUCCAAAGGUGAAGCUGAAUGAUUCGGAAUUAAAUCACACCAACCCAGGUAUGUCGCAAUCAAAUCCGGAUUCAAACCACUCACCGAAAUCUAAAGAUAUUAAACCACCUUACAACAGCCUGAAGAAGACAUCUAGUGCCGGAAACGUUCCACUAGUGCGUACCGAAUCUAAUGAAAAACCUUUUUAUUCAAAUAAAAACAGAAGUAGUAAUAGUGUAUCUGUGUCUAAGAAUGAGGCUACGAAGACGCAUCCAAUAAGAACGCACAGAAAGAACAUCUCAUUUGGUUCUUUGAACAGCGUAAUGAACAACAAGAAGAAUUCAAGCCAAGCUUCUGAAAAAAGUAGAAGAACUUCAUCUACCGGUAUUGAAGAAGCAGAUGAAGAAGAGGACCAUAUCAAGCUGAAUCAAUCCUUAUAUUCUUAG